CCAAGCCAAAAAGAAUGCGCCGUUCUAUUCGAUGUGUGUAUUCCAUGUUCCAUGAAUGAGACGUUGGAGGAAGCGAUCUUUGAUACAUUUGACUUGCGAAGAGUUUCCGGCAAAUUAAAUUGCGUUUUAUUUACGUAAAGGUGUGUUGGAUGGUCAAUUUUUUUGGCACUCUUAAAACUUGUUUCUCAUCGUGACGGCUGUAGUUUGUAAUCGAGAAGGGAUCUCACGAACCAACCGCAGCCUACCUGUAUUGUCAUUUUGUUCCCGACGAGUUUUGUGUCAAAAUGUCUACUACAUCGCAGAAGCACAGGAACUUCGUGGCGGAGCCGAUGGGAGACAAGCCUGUGACUGAACUCGCUGGUGUGGGAGAGGUUCUAGGAAAAAGAUUAGAAGCCGCAGGUUUUGAUAAGGCGUAUGUAGUUCUGGGCCAGUACUUAGUAUUAAAGAAGAAUAAGGAGUUGUUUCAAGAAUGGAUGAAGGAUGCUUGCUCGGCGAACGCAAAACAGUCGACAGAUUGUUAUCAAUGUCUCACUGAUUGGUGUGAAGAAUUUUUGUAAAGUAGGUGACAUAAGUUCGACUUGAAUGUUCUUUUAAGAGAGCAAAUAAUUAACUAUAAAGUUAUAUAACAUACACAAAAUGUAAAAUAUAUUUUAACAUUUAACAUUUAUAUAUUUUUAAUGUAUCUUGCUUAUAAAUUUUGGAACAGUAAAUGUAAAACAG